AUGCUUACUACCCGACAGAACACUUGCUCAACCUCCGCUUCCCAACUUCCGCACCUAGUAGCCGAACUCUGGUCAUCCGUUUUCUCUCACUACCUCGGUAAUCCCGAGAAUGAAAACUACAUCCAAAACAUCCUGCUUCUUCCCUCGAUCUGCAGUCACUGGCGCAAUAUCACCCUUUCAACGCCCAUAUUUUGGAAUCACAUCACCUACGCACCUGCCGUUUCCUUCCGUCCCAGACAUCUCCAGAACCACUCGGAUAGAAUCCGAACGUGGUUAAAGCGUUCAGGAGAACGUCACGGUUGUCCGCUCUCGAUAUCGCUGACACUGGUUUCACGAUCUGUUCCGGGGUGUGAUUUGGCGUUGAGAGAGAUCAUUUCGGAGUCGUGGAGGUGGGAGACGCUUUGUGUAAAAGUGGAUUGUGUUCGUACGGUGUGGAAAUGCCUUUUGUCUACUCUCUCCCGUGGUGGUGGUGGUGGUGGUGGUGGGCUUGGGUAUUUGAGAAAGGUGGAAGUGGAUAUUGGGCCGGUUUUUGGAGGUAAUGAGGACAUUGUAUCGUUCAUCUCUUUAUUUAAGGAUGCCACGUCGUUUUAUUCAUUCCAUCUGCGGAAUGUGGACAGUACGAUAUUCCCGCCUCUUACAGAUCUAGGGCCGCUGUCGCAGCUCAGAUCUUUGAGUUUGCAUACUUUGUAUUCGGCGGAAGAAGUGUUUCGAGUGUUGGAACAUUUACCGAAUGUGGAAGAGUUGAGGGUGGCGCUGGCUAUUGGACUGUUUUCUUCGAGGAAUAUCCCUGAAUCCCGUAUGGUCCACCACCCAGAACUUAGACAUCUGUCACUUGAUGUGGCAGUUCGAGGCGACCCACUCAUUAUUUCUCACCUCCGGGGCCAGGUAUCAACCGUUCUCGAUACCCUUUCCCUCCCUUCAUUCCAAACCUGUGCUGAAUCUCAUCUCCCAUAUUGGGAUUCGGUGGAUGCGUUUUUUAAGAAACAUCGUGAUAAGAUGUGUGGGUUUAGGUUUGUGGAGAAGCGGGCGGAUUUGGAAGUGUGGAAGUUGGGGUUGGUUACGGGGUCGGGGUCGCCUACUCCGAAUGGUGGUUCGGCUUCGGUGCAGUUGCCAGUGGUACGAUCCCUUACUACGGUUUCGGAUCCUUGA